UCCUCGAAAAUGCUUCAUUGACAACCCUUGACAACAAAUGCGUAUAUAAAUCAUGGAUUUUUGAUCAGGUUAUUGUAGCAGUCAACAGCACCAGACCCUGCGUUCUCUCUUCAGUUUUAAGCAUAGAUGGGAGGUGUGAGCAUGCAGAAAAAAACCUUCCAAGAUCACUGAGUGGACCAAGAUAUCAACCUAGUGACUGAAUCUCUUGAAUCCUAGUUGGGAAAGCUUGACUGGCCCAAACUGCAGUCUAAAAAACAGGUCCGUGCUGUGACGAACGAGUAUGGUUGUUUCAAAUUGAUACUUAAAUUUCUACCUAGAAGUCACUGGAGAUGAUAAGCGAUGAGAUUCAACUGCAGUGCACAGUGACCAGGAAAAAACUAGUAAAAAUAUGUAUGGCAGUUGUGGUGUUGGCUACUAUACGACUUGCCGUGUUGUUAAUAGAGACUAGACAGGAGAUACACACAUUAUCAACCCAUACCAGGAAUGUUGUUGACAGACCUAAUCGUACCGAAUCAGGACACCGAAUACUUCUGUGGAUUCGAUAUAAGAGUGACUUUAAAAUUGAGAAGCAGCGAAUGUGCAUGCAGAAAUGUCCCGUACAGUGCACAUUAACAGAUGAUAAAAACGCCACAGCUGAUGCCAGUGCAAUUGUAUUCGUGUUAACCAGUGUAUGGGCAGAAAAUUGGGAAUUGGGGACGAAAAAGUUGGUGGAUUUACCGGUACGUCGCGAUGCGGACCAAGUAUGGGUUCUAUCCAACCUUGAGCCGCCCGCUAAUAUGUUCGGCGAUCUGGCGGCCCUCAAUGGCAUCUUCAACUGGACCAUGUGGUACCGCAGUGAUGCCGACAUCCACCUCCCUUACUCCGAGCCGAGGAGACUAACGACAGAAGAGGCUAUUAGAAACAUCGAAAAGAUGAAAACUAGAAACAUAUUUUCUGAGAAAACCAAAGAAAUAACGGGUAAGGUAAGUAACUGUGUAGAUGCAGGCCGAAGGUAUAGAAUAGUUGGUGAUUUACAAAAACAUUUAAACAUUGAAAUGUAUGGCAAGUGCUAUAACAACAUUUGCGGUGAUCCACAAAACCACACGUCAUGUGAUGAUUUGACUAAGAAAUACAAGUUCUACUUGGCUCUAGAAAAUUCUUACUGUAGGGAUUAUGUGACAGAGAAGUAUUGGCAGACCUUACACCGGGACCAGAUCCCAAUCGUGAACUGGGACUACAGCAUGGUGAGUCCGGACACUGUGAUCCCGGAUUCCUUCAUCAGUCUUCGAGAUUUCCGGGACACCACGGCACUGGCGAGCUAUAUACAGCGCGUUAGUGAAGACACGGAUCUAUACAACAGGUACUUCCAGUGGCAUGCGGAGUACGACAUCCAGGAGCCGUGUGCAACCUGCUCGGUGUGUCGCGCUCUACACGAGGGCCGCCCCCGCAAAGUGGUGGAAAACCUUGAAGCAUGGAUAGCGAACGACACGUGUCCCAAAGUCGGGGUAUUUAACAAGUGGGUGGCAUCGGUGGACAACUUCCUUUUCUCGAAGUUUGGCAUCUGAGCGGCCGAGAAGCUGAGAAGGUUACUGGAUGGCCUAUUUACAGCUGCUUGUGCUUGCUGUCUGCCACAACGAAGUUCUGACGCUGCGGACGCCGCGAAAUAUUUCACUCAUUGAUUUGUUUCCGCCGAAAGAUGUGCACACAUUUUCUGAUAUAUUGUGUUCAGAUUCAUAUUUGACUUUAAUAGAGGUACAUUUGUACUACACCAUGUGUUUAAACAGUCGACAUCGACACUAUCAACAGUGAACUUUGUGGAUAUAUAUAAGAUCGACAUGAAUUAUAAAUGAUUUAUUAUUAAAUUAUAUUGCACAAUUUGUAAAAAUGCUGAUAAAGAAGUUGCAUUUCACUUAGUGUCUGUUUAUGUAUGACGAUGCAUGAGAAUGUAUUGAUAGAAAAUACUCCAGUUAGUCCUGAUACAGGAACUUGAUCACAUA